CUGGUCGGAGGCAUCAGAGCGCCAGAUAAGUUAUAGUGGGGUGCUACUGCGUUGUCUGAGGAGCUGGAACACGCCGAUUAUACUAUAAUUAACUGUUUAUCUAGUGGAAACUAAAAGCGGAUAACUCGUAAAGAGAGACGAGCCAAAGCUAACACCCUCAUUCGGCUAACUGCAGAGCACAUCAUCUCUGCAGCCAUGGCUUCACACAACCAGAACGGAGCCAAACGGGAGGAGAAGGGCAGAAACAUCCAGGUGGUGGUCAGAUGCAGACCUUUCAACACCGUCGAGCGCAAGUCGUCCUACGGAGUCAUCGACUGCGAUCAGAGCAGAAAGGAGGUGAUGGUGAAGACGGGAGGGAUGAACGACAAGGCGUCAAGAAAGACCUACACCUUCGACAUGGUGUUCGGUCCGGCUGCCAAACAGAUCGACGUCUACCGGAGCGUCGUCUGUCCGAUCCUGGACGAAGUCAUCAUGGGAUACAACUGCACCGUGUUCGCCUACGGCCAGACGGGAACAGGAAAGACGUUCACCAUGGAGGGAGAACGAAGUCCAGACGGAGAGUUUACCUGGGAGGAGGACCCUCUGGCCGGCAUCAUCCCACGAACGCUGCACCAGAUCUUCGAGAAACUCUCUGAGAACGGCACCGAGUUCUCCGUCAAAGUGUCGCUGCUGGAGAUCUACAACGAGGAGCUGUUCGACCUGCUCAGCCCCACCGAGGACGUCAACGAGCGGCUGCAGCUCUUCGACGACCCGCGGAACAAGCGAGGCGUGGUGGUGAAAGGCCUGGAGGAGGUGACGGUCCACAACAAAGACGAGGUCUAUCAGAUCCUGGAGCGAGGAGCAGCCAAGAGGAGGACGGCCUCCACGCUCAUGAACGCCUACUCCAGUCGUUCCCACUCCGUGUUCUCCGUCACCAUCCACAUGAAGGAAAUCACCGUGGACGGAGAGGAGCUGGUGAAGAUCGGCAAACUCAAUCUGGUGGAUCUGGCCGGCAGUGAGAACAUCGGACGCUCCGGCGCUGUGGACAAACGAGCCCGUGAAGCCGGAAACAUCAACCAGUCUCUGCUGACGCUGGGCCGGGUGAUCACGGCUCUGGUGGAGAAGAGGCCUCACAUCCCGUACAGAGAGUCCAAGCUGACCCGGAUCCUUCAGGACUCGCUGGGAGGACGAACCAAAACCUCCAUCAUCGCCACCGUGUCUCCGUCCUCCAGCAACCUGGAAGAGACGCUCAGUACUCUGGAAUACGCCAGCAGAGCCAAGAACAUCAUGAACAAGCCUGAAGUCAACCAGAAACUCACCAAGAGGACGCUCAUUAAGGAAUACACCGAGGAGAUCGAGCGUCUGAAGCGCGACCUGGCCGCCACCCGGGACAAGAACGGAGUUUAUCUGUCUGCAGAAAACUACGAGAGCAUGGUGGGUCAGAUCACGUCUCACGAGGAGCAAAUAGUCGAAUACACCGACAAGAUCGCCGCCAUGGAGGAGGAGAUCAAGAAGGUGACCGAGCUGUUUGAGGACAACAGAACCCGUCUGGAGCAGUGCACCGUGGAGCUGGACGAAAAGCAGCAGAGGCUGGAGGAGACGAGCAGAGACCUGCAGCAGACGAAGGAGAAGCUGAGUGAGGAGGAGUUCAUCUGCUCUGAGCUCACAUCAGCCCAGGAAACGCUGUACAACGCAGCCGGACAGCUGCUGAGCACCGUGGACGCCAGCACCAGCGACGUGUCGGGUCUCCACGACAAGCUGGACCGCAAGAAAAAGGUGGAGCAGCACAACAGUCGGAUGCAGCAGACUUUUGCUCAGCAGAUGGACGGAGCCUUCAGCCACUUGCAGCGCAGCGUCCAGCAGCACGGAGACAAACACCGCGACAUGCUGAGCGGCUGCUCUCAGGCCAUCGACGGUUUGCUGGUGAAGAACGAGGCGGUGCUGAAAGGAGCUCUGACCACCGUGGAGUCCUUCGUUGGUGGAGUCGGACCGCUGGUGGCCGAAGGAGUGUCUCGCUGCCAGGAGAGAGUUCAGCAGCAGGAGGCGCUGUGUCUGCGGGACAAGGAGGCUCUGCUGCAGCUGCUGGAGGAGCAUCGACAGGACGUGGAGGAGCUCCUGGUGGCUCGGACUCUGAUGGGUUUAUCGGCCGUCAAAGAGCUCAGCGACGCUCUGAGAGCUUCAGUGGAGACGCAGAGAGUUCUGGCCGACAAGGUGGAGGCCAUGAAGGAGAUGGGAGUGUUCUUCAGCGGUUUGGUUCAGGAGCUGGCCGGGCUGCGGGAGGCGUCCGUUCAGGGCCUCAGCGACCUUCAGGCCGAACACGACAAGCUGGAGGACGAGAUCAGACAGGCACAGGAGAGACACCAGACGGGCAUGAAGCAGACCAUCCAGUGCCUGCAGGACCAGCUCAACCUGCUGAACAUGGAGGCCCAGAAGGACUACACAGACCUGCGCUCGGCCUCCAAAGCCCUCCAGAGACCUCUGCAGAGCCUCCAGGAGAACAUCAGCAGUGGCUGCAGUACAGUCGAGCGUCAGGCCUCAGCCCAGGCAGACCUCCUCUCCUCCACCUCCUCCUCCAUCGCCUCCUCUCUGCGUCUGACAGCCGAUGAGAGCCGUCAGACGCUGGAGGAGUUGAGCGGCUGCUGCUCUCACCUCCACGGCUCGGUGUCCGAGCUGAUCCAGCGUGACCUCCAGUGGAGCUCCAGAGCCAGGGAGCAGGCUGAGGCCCAGGCCCAGGAGCACCUGACCCAGAUGGGGAAGGUUUCCACUGAAGCUCAGACCCUCCGUCAGAGCGUCGAGCUGUGCUGCACUGAGCAGCUCCAGGCGGCCGAGGAGCAGAUUUCCAGGCAGCAAGAGGAGGUGAAGCAGGCCCUGAUGGCGGUUCAGAACCAGACCUCCCUGGACCGGACCGUCCUGGACAAGCAGCAAGCUGAGCUCCGGAGCUCCGUGGAGACGAGCCAGCAGCUGGUCCACGGCUUCCUGCAGGACGAGCUGCAGCAAGACGUUCCCACCGGUGCCACCCCGCAGCGUCGGGAGUUUGUGUAUCCUCAGCAGCUGGUGAAGUCGCGAAGCCGCAGCGAGCUGCUGGAGAGUCUGAGGAGGCAGCAGGAGGAGCUGCAGGCUGCCAUGGAGGAGGAAGAGGAGGAGGAAGAGGAGCUGGAGGAGGACGACAAACACAGCCAGGACUCUGUGGAGGACGACAUGAGCACUUGUAACGAAAGCUUGGCCACAGAACCGUCCUUCAUCGAUGAGAACCUCGUGUUCAACGAGAGCAAACGCGUUCCCUUCUUCAAGAAAAAGAAGGGUGGGAAGAAGGAGUCAAAGACCACCUCCAGGUCCAAAGCUUCAGAAAACACGUCGACGCCUCAGAAGUCCAGACUGCCGCUCCGCUGCCAGAACUAAACGCGUUCAUCAACAUAUUAUUUUAAACUAACAUUACUGUCCAAUUCUUUUAUCAUUUUAUGUCGUAGUUGUCAAGUUGCUCUCGUGAACUGUCGCUUGUUUUAAUGUUGUAAUUGUCUCUAUUUUUCAAGUUGUUUGUAAAAUUAAAGAGAUUUAUACUUGUUUUAUA